AUGGAUUCGAUGCGGUCACUUAAUAAAUCACUUCCGUCUACAACGGCAGCACAACCUCCGGAACUGCUCCUGCAAGCAUUUAAGACCGCUGCUUUAUCAGUUACCAACCUUUACAAGAAUGCGGUAUCAGAUCAGGCUCAGUCACGGCAACUUGGAUACCAGGAUGCUCUCGAAGACCUCCGGGCUUUCUUGGACAAGGAGAAAAUAGGUUUUACAGAUGGCGAAGGACAGAAGAUCAGAAACUGGGUCAUGGAAAAGAUCGAUAUGGCUGGAACAGCUUCAAACGACAGUGAUGAUGAUAAGACCGAUGCCGACAAGACCAACCGAGCAGCCUCACCGGCUGCCGUCCGUAAAUCGAAUCCUGAUACCACCGCCUCGAAACCACAACCUGAAGCUGCUGCUCCGUCAAGACAGCCCUCCGAAACUCCACCACCACUGAUGCCCAUACCUUCCGAGCCUAUUGCUAUAGUACCUCCCCGGACGGCGGCCUUCACUUUCACCGCGGGCCAGAGUCUGCCCAUGCAAGAGGAUAUCGACAUGAAAGCCGGCAUGGAUAGCUCUCCUUCAUUAUCAAGCGACCCACAGAUCACCACCUCACAUCCCUCUCAUCCCCCAGUCAGGCUAGAAGUGCACUCCUGUCCACCUCGAACACCACACCGCCACGGCAAUGGGAACCGUCAUAACCCUCGCACCAUCAACCGGGACCCCACGCCCGGUGCCGGAUCGAAACGAAAAUUCCACUUUGGCGAGUUUUUCGAUAUCUCGAACCUAGGAAACGGCCGAGACCCAUUUGGUGGACCGAAACGAGGCCGCUUCCUAUAG